AUGCAGCUAAACCAUUUUUCAUACAAUAAGUCCAGCAGAAGAUUACCCAUACCUUCCCUUGGCCUUGCUAUUGUGCUCCUGAUCUCGUUGGCGUCUCCCACCAGUUCCUGCACAGAGCUGGAGAAGACCUCCCUCCUCCAGUUCCUCGCCGGACUCUCCCGGGAUGCCGGCCUUGCCAAGCCAUGGCAGGAAGGCACAGACUGCUGCAAAUGGGAAGGCAUCGCCUGCAACAGAAACAGGAUGGUCACAAAGGUCUCACUGGCUUCUAGGGGGCUUGAAGGGCGCAUCUCACCGUCUCUUGGCAACCUCACCGGCCUGGAGCAUCUGAACUUGUCCUACAACUCGCUGUCCGGUAGCCUGCCGCCAGGAUUAGUGUCGUCCAGCAGCAUCAUCGUCCUCGAUGUCAGCUACAACCAACUCAAGGGAGACCUGCAUGAGCUGCCAUCUUCAACCGCUGAUCAGCCUCUAGAGGUACUGAACAUCUCAAGCAACAUGUUCACAGGGCAGUUUACCUCCACAACAUGGAUGGGGAUGAAGAAUUUGGUUGCAAUCAAUGCCAGCAACAACAGCUUCACUGGAGAACUUCCAGGUCAUUUCUGCAACAUAUCACCAUCCUUUGCUGUGCUUGAAUUCUGUUGCAACAAAUUCAGUGGCCGUAUCCCGCCAGGGCUCGGUAAUUGCUCCCAGCUCAGAGUGCUCAAGGCUGGCGACAACAACCUCAAUGGGUCAAUUCCAGAUGAACUGUUCAAUGCUACCUCAUUGGAGCACCUGUCUUUUCCUAACAAUGAUUUGGAUGGUGCCCUCGAUGGUGCACGCAUAGUCAACCUCAGAGAUCUGGCAACCCUUGAUCUUGGGAGGAACAAUUUCACCGGCAAUAUCCCUGAUUCUAUAGGACAGCUCAAGAGGUUAGAGGAGCUCCGUUUGGACAAUAACAACAUGUCAGAGGAGCUGCCGGCUUCACUAGGAAACUGCACAAAUCUCAGAACCAUUGAACUCAAGAGCAACAACUUCAGUGGCGAGCUUGUGAAGGUCAAUUUCUCUACCCUGCACAAUCUAGAAACUUUAGACCUUCUGUACAACAACUUCAUUGGCACAGUUCCAGAAAGCAUAUACUCUUGCAGAAAUUUGGUUGCAUUGAGGUUAUCUGGCAACAACUUGGGUGGGCAACUUUCACCAAGAAUAGGUAAUCUGAAGUCCCUCACUUUCCUAUCCCUAGGUCAGAACAAUUUUACAAACAUCACAAAUACACUUCAGAUCCUUAAGAGCUGCACAAACCUUACGACCCUGCUUAUCGGGGCCAACUUCAGGGGAGAGUUCAUGCCACAGUAUGACACAUUUAAUGGUUUUGAGAAUAUUCAGGUCUUGGAUAUUGAAGAUUGCCUAUUGUCUGGGGAAAUGCCUCUUUGGAUAUCAAAGCUAGCAAAUUUAGAGAUGUUGCUCCUAGGUGGCAAUCGACUCAGUGGACCAAUACCAACCUGGAUCAACACCCUAAACUACCUUUUCUAUUUAGCCUUAUCAAACAACAGCCUUACAGGGGAAAUUCCAACAGCAUUAAUGAAUAUGUCAAUGCUAACUUCAGAAAAGGCCGCAGCCCAUUUGGACCCAAGGAUCUUCAACCUGCCAGUUUAUAAUGGUCCAGCACGUCAGUACCGCAUACAGGUUGCUUUCCCUAAAACGCUAGAUUUAAGCAGCAACAAACUGACCGGUGCGAUUCCCCCGGAGAUUGGUCAGUUGAAGGCCCUCGUUUCACUCAAUAUCAGCUUCAACAACUUAACAGGACCAAUCCCCACAUCCAUCUGCAAUCUCACAAACCUGCAGGUGCUAGACUUAUCCAACAACAAUCUCACAGGUGCAAUCCCAUCUGAAUUGGAGAACCUGCACUUCCUUUCCAGAAUCAAUGUUUCUAACAAUAACCUGGAAGGGCCUAUUCCAACUCGUGGCCAAUUUAGUACAUUUCAGAAUUCUAGCUUUGAUGGGAAUCCAAAGCUGUGUGGUGGCCCUAUGCUCGGUCGUCGAUGCAGUUCAGCUGAUGCACCUCUGGUACCCACAAAAGGAAGAAAUAAGAAGGCCAUUUUUGCAAUUGCAUUUGGCACGUUCUUCGCAGCUAUUUCCAUUCUUUUGCUCCUGGGGUGUCUUCUUGUCUCUAUUAAAGUAAAGAGGUUAACAGCCAGAAGUACAAUAGAUGUAAAUGGAGAUGUCGAAACAACUUCAUAUAACUCGAGUCAAGUGCACGCAUUGGUCAUGAUGCUGGGAAGUAAGGCUGAAGAAAACAAGCUCACGUUCUCUGAAAUCAUGAAGGCUACAAAUAAUUUUGACAAGGACCACAUCAUCGGAUGCGGUAGUUAUGGGCUAGUGUACAAAGCUGAGCUACCUGAUGGCUGCAAGCUUGCCAUCAAGAAGCUCAAUGGUGAAAUGUGCCUAAUGGAAAGGGAGUUCAGUGCGGAGGUUGAAGCGCUGUCCAUGGCUCAGCAUGACCAUCUAGUGCCAUUGUGGGGAUACUGUAUUCAGGGAGACUCGUGGUUCCUCAUAUAUUCUUUCAUGGAGAAUGGCAGUCUUGAUGACUGGCUUCACAACAGGGAUGAUGAUGCCAGCACAUUUCUUGACUGGCCAACACGGCUAAAGAUAGCAAAAGGAGCAUGUCACGGCCUUUCUUACAUCCAUAAUGUCUGCAAACCUCACAUUGUCCAUCGGGAUAUCAAAUCAAGCAACAUUCUACUUGACAAAGAAUUCAAAGCUCAUGUUGCAGAUUUUGGGCUAUCAAGAUUGAUCCUUCCCAACAAAACACAUGUUACGACCGAGUUGGUUGGUACUCUCGGCUACAUCCCGCCUGAGUAUGGGCAAGGGUCGAUGGCCACUCUGAGAGGUGAUAUAUACAGCUUCGGAGUUGUCCUGCUUGAGAUGCUCACAGGAUUGCGGCCUGUUUCAUUCCUGUCGACAUCAAAAGAACUUGUCCCGUGGGUGCUAGAGAUGAGGUCUCAGGGAAAGCAGAUUGAAGUCCUGGAUCCAAUAUUAUGUGGCACAGGGCAUGAAGAGCAAAUGCUGAAGGUGCUUGAGGUUGCUUGCAAGUGUGUGAACCAUAACCCUUCUAUGAGGCCACCUAUCACGCAAGUUGUGUCAUGUCUGGAAAGUGUGGAUGAUAGCCUGCAGACAUAAAAGUCAGUCAAGACAUGGUUCAGCACUGCAGGCUGCAGCUAGCCAAUUAAACAUGAUAAUAUCGUAGUUCAGUGCAUAAAAUAGAUGUAUUUU